CCACGCGAAAGCGUGGAAGCAUGAUGUUAUCAUCGUUAUGUUGUGUAGGCCUACUGAACUGAAUAUAUUUGAAAUACUGUUAUUAAUAUAAAAACCGAGGAGCAAGAUGCCCGCUGAAGUACAGAGCACCAAGACGAACAUGCUUCGUCUUUGGGACAAUCUCAGCGAUUGCAAGCAAGAGUUGAGGUUGAACUCGGCAACGCAGCUCGUCGAGCAGUUGAUCCUAAAGCAGAAGGCCACCGGGGACGGAGAGGAAACGUGCGAGGAAGUAAAGUACGCCGUCACUCGGCUGGUCAAAGGCAUGGCGAGCGGGCGAGAGUGCAUCAGGGUUGGCUUCCCUACUCUGCUCACGGAGCUGCUGAAAGAAUUUGAUUCGGUCACCUGCGAAGACGUUUUAUCUCUAGUGAAACAGCAUCUCAAGAUCCAGGGCAAGAAGGAGGAACAGAAGAACUGCGCGAUUGGUCGUAUAUUCGUCUACCAGUGUCUCAUCGUGUCUGGAAAACUUCAGAAAGAUAAAGGUGCUCACGUUGAACCCGUGUUGACGCAGCUACUGGAGCUACAGUUGGCGCGGCCACCGCUCGAACCGCUCGUCGCCGAGGCACUCGUGAGCCUCGUCUCCUGCAGCACGGAGCGCCGCUUCCGCAAGCAGCUGUGGCCGACGCUGAGCGGAGGGCUGCGCGGCGGCUGGGACGCGUGCACGCCCGACACGCUGCGUCUGCUGCUCGCGUGCGAGACGCGCCACCCCGACCCCCCCCCCCCCUCCCCCCUCGUCACGCCGGCGUUCGUCGCCGAGCACUGGUCGCACGCGCCGCUCACGUGCGAGGCGAACUUCGCGGCGAUCGCGGCGGCAAUCGCGCGGCAGCGCGACCCGGCCGCCGCGCUGCACCCGUUCGCUCGCGACCUCGUCGCGACGAUGGCCGCCCGGCGACGCCCGAGCGACGUUCGAGCGUUUCUGGCACGCGCUCGUCGACGACGCGCUGUCGGCGACGCCGUGCGGAAGACGCGCGUCGCGAUCGCGUAUCGCGUCGUCGCGCCGCCUCGCCGCGCUCACCGACGAGACGCUGAGCGCGCCGCGGUCGUUCUGUCCGCGCGUUGUCCGCGCCGCUGCUCGCGACCUCCAGCACGCGGGCAACACGCUGCACGGCGCGGCGGCGCGCGCGGCAGACGACGUCGCGGCGGCGCUGAGCCACGCUCCGGCCGCCGCCCAGGUGAGCGCGUGGACCGGAUCGUCGGCGAGGCGGCGCCGGCGUGUGCGGCGCACGCGAGGCUCGAGGAGACGAUCGCGCGGCAGAUGGCGCCGGCGGCGCACGACGCGCUCGAGCCGCUGCUGCGCGACGCGUUCUCGGGCGAUCGCGGCUCGGCAGCGCGGCGCGGGGGAGAUGGCGGGCGCGCGCGCGCGUGGCCAUCGAGCGGCUACAGACGAUUGCGAGCGCGCGCGUGCGCCGCGCGACGCGAGACGCCCCCGCCGCCGUCGCCGACGCGACCAUCAAGUUCGUCCUCGCGCACGCGUUCUUCGACGACGUCCACGACGACGGCGGCGGCCCCUCUCCGCCGCUCGACGCGGGCGAACACGCGGCGCUUUCCGCGCGAUUCUUCAAGCUCGCUGUUCGUGGGGCCGGAGGAGGUUGAGGACUCGCUCAGCGACGUCCUCGUCUGCCAGAGCAAAGCAUACGAGGAGAAGAAGGGGAAGGGGAAGGAAAGAAAGUGA